AGGUAAACUUUUGGUUUGAUUGGGGCUCAAACAUGAAAAAGAACGCAAACUAUUCACAUCUAUUCAAACAGAAAUAUUCUAGCACAACAGUGAGUGAUUUACGAUGACAGCUUAUACGCCUCUCAAUUUGUGAGCAGUAGGGGGUUGAGGGGGAAGGAAAUAUUCUAGUUCAGAAAAAGACGUGAUCGCCGCUCCAGACCUAGAACGUGAACCCGUACAUACACGGGCAAGCCGCUUUCAGCAUAGAAACCAUGCCCGUGUUAUAACGGGCUUGACGCCAGGAGAACAUAUGUUAGCGAUGAUCCCGAUGAUUUAUGUCCUUUAACACCUGAUUUAUUCCUGAAAGACACUCGUACUAGUAGUACUACGGACUUGGGUAGAUUAAAGCUAACUGACAAGACGGAAUUAAACAAAAGACUUGCGUAUAGAAGAAGACUGAUGACAGAUUUACGAGCAAGAUUCCGUAGUGAAUAUCUGAGUCAGCUACAUCAUAGACUGACAGUUCGAAAACCAACGUACCAUCCUAAAGUUGGAGAUAUCAUCUGGAUUUGGAAUGAUAAUCUCAAAAGAAUACAUUGGCCCUUGGGAAGAAUACUCUCAGAUUACACAAGUAAAGAUGGACUGAUCAGAAGAGCCAAAGUUAAGACCAAAUCCGGAAUUCUGAUCAGACCAAUUCAAAAUCUCUGCCCAUUAGAACUGGACGAGGAGAAUCUCAACAGCGAAGAUCAGCUGCCAGAGACUUCCAAAGAUGAGCCAGAAAGAACAUCAUCGGACAUUCCUGAUUCAGUUCCUGCUACUACCAGAGUUGGACGUGUUGUUCGCCCACCAUCCAGAUUUGGACAAUGAAGUAUUGAGAU